UAUCUUAACAUUGUUUAUUUUAUUGCAUCUUGUGGACUGGUCAAGAUUGUUAUCUUUGUUAAAAAUUGCAUAAAAAUGAGUUCAUCCGAAACAACUGCAUCGGCUUUCUCCAGCUCGGACACGGCCGCCCUGGAGCGGCAAACGGAGACGGAGCAGCCGGUGACCUUCGAACAGAUAUGGAACGACAAUCACCAGAAAAUGAGUGGCGAAUGGGUUCGACAAAAUGGUUACAAAAGGGUUUGCCUACAAUUCCCGGAUGACUAUCUGCCCCACAGUAAUGCCAUUAGUGUGUGCCUCAGGGAGCUGCUUGGGCCGGAGGAGGUGAAGGUCUUUAUCCUGGCGGACACCACAUACGGAAGCUGCUGCGUGGACGAGAUCGCCGCUGCCCAUGUGGAUGCAGACAGUGUGAUUCACUUCGGAAAUGCCUGUCGCAGCAGGGCCACCCGCUUGCCCGUACUAUAUCUUUACCCAGAGUUGCCACUAGAUUUGGAUCUACUCCUGGGCAAACUGCAAAGUCUGCGUUUGGAGUGCACAGAUCGACAGGUGUGCAUUUAUCUUGAUAUUGGCUACCAACAUCUCUACGGGGAACAGCUACAAAAGCAGCUAGUUGAGGCACUGCAGCCCAAAGAUCUUAUCCUAGAGGUAUUCCCUCCCAUUGAGGGUGAUUUAAAGGCCUCCAAGGAAAGUUCCGGCCUAGAGCGGAUUUGCAUUUUCAUCGGUGCCGAUAAUCAGCGGUUCGCCAAUCUUUCCUUGACUGCUCCAGCGGCCGUCCAAUGGCAUAUCUAUGACGGUGCCUCUGCCAGUUUCACCGCCAAGAAUCCCCUCACAGCUCAGUUCAUCCGGCGUCGUUAUUUCCACAUCGAAAAAUGCAAGGACGCACAAACACUAGGCCUUAUUGUCGCCACUCUUUCGGCUGAGGGUUACCUCGAUGUGGUGGCCCGCCUACAAACCAUGGCCAAGGGCAGAGGCAUUAAGACGCAACUUAUUUCCGUGGGCAGGAUUAAUCCCGCCAAGCUGGCAAACUUCCUGGAAAUAGAUUGCUUUGUCCUGAUCGGUUGCCCCUUCAACAAUAUGUACGACUCCAAGGAGUACUAUAAGCCCAUUGUUUCCGUCUUCGAAGCAGAGAUGGCCUUGAAUCCUGCUUGGCACAUGCGAUAUCCUGAAGCCUACGUCAUGGACUUCAAACAACUUCUGCCGGCAGGACGCAGCUUCCUACCCUUUGAUGUGGGAGCCAUACCAGAGCACGAUGUCAGCUUGGUUAGUGGAAGGCUAAGGGGAGUGGUUAACGAUUCCCUGGAAACGGCAGGAGAUUCCGCUUCACUAGCCUUAGCCACGCAAGCGAAAAUGUCACUAAUGACCACAGACACAGGACUCUCCUUCGAGGACCGCACAUGGCAGGGAUUAGAUCCUGCCCUGGGCCAGACGGAGCCCGCUCAGCUGAAACAGGGUCUUAGUGGCAUUCCCAUUAACUACACACAUCAAUAAAGGGCCAGAACAACUUA